AUGUCCGCGCUUCCCGAGCCUAUCGAAGAAGAGAGUCUCACGUGCUUCAAAAGUUCGCGCUAUUACCCAGCGAAAGUUGGGCAAGUGAUUCGAGACGAGUACAAAGUACAAGCAAAGCUGGGCUAUGGUGCUACUUCCACCACCUGGCUCUGUGCCUAUAAGAACAGCUCGUUCAAGGUGAUGAAACUCGCGACGGCGAACCAAGGCGAUACAAGAGAAGCACGCGUAUUUAAGCAUCUUCAUAAUCACGCGGCGAACUCCCAGAAUCCCGGGAGAUAUUGCGUGCGCCAGCCAGAGGACAUCUUCACCAUUAUUGCCGAUGGCCAUCAUCAUCAGUGCUUCAUUUUCGAGCCGCUUGGACCAAGCCUCCUAGAAUUUUCAUCAUGGAGGACUUCGCAAUCUUUUCACAUUGAAGAGGUCCGCCGGAUGAUCAUUUACAUUCUACACGCUGUAAAUUUUCUCCAUGAGCACAAUGUCAUUCACACGGAUAUCAAAUUGGAUAAUAUCCAGAUCACGCUCCCUGACAAUGAAGAGGACAUCUUGAAAGCCCUCGUAGCUUCCGAGAAAGAAAGCCCAAGUUUUGCCAAGAUGAGUCCGGAUGGAUUCCCUCUUUAUCGAUCUCGAGAGAUGAGACAGGACGAACUUACAUAUCCAAUUCUAUGUGAUCUCGGUUCGGCAAAAGUCGGAUCCCCUCCACACACUGGCACGGUUCAGGCAUUACCAUAUCGUGCUCCGGAGGUCCUACUCGGGUCAAGCUGGGAUAGCAAAAUCGACAUCUGGAGCUUAGGUGUCCUUGUCUGGGAGCUAGCGCUCGGAGAGCGGCUGUUUGGACAAUCAAAUGAAGUCGAGACAGUCAAGCUAAUGCUUCAGUAUCUGGGCCCUCCGCCAGCAAACUUCUUACUUCGCUGCGCCGCAAAAGACAAGCACUUCGACGAACUAGGGAAUCUCAAACAUGGGGAGCCUGAGCAGGUAUCGCUAGAAGAGCGCGUGGACAUGGAGCCUGAACACGCACCAUUUUUUGAUUUUUUGCGGCACAUGCUCAGAUGGGAUCCAGAACAGCGAGCUUCCGCAUCCGAGCUCUUGAAACAUUCUUGGCUACAAUUUGAAUAAGUCAUCGCUCCACGGGAAGGUAACAAGACCCAUUUCCAUAUGUUGUCGAAUGCUAUACCUACAAAAUCUCGACUGCCGUUGAAGGGCAGAGACCGAGUAGUCACAUGAGAAAGAGAUGUUCAUGUAUAGGUAUGAAAAGAGUUAC